AUGAGUUCAGGAGUUCAUUAUAACCCAUGUGAAAAAAGACAUGGUGGACCAGAAGAUGCAGACAGGCAUGUUGGUGACCUGGGUAACGUUGAAGCCAAUGAUGAUGGUGUUGCUAAGUUUGAAAUGCAUGAUCAACUUCUUCGCUUGGCAGGAAAUUAUUCAAUAAUUGGACGCACUUUGGUGGUUACAGAGAAUGAAGAUGACCUGGGUAAAGGUGAAAAUGAUGAGAGUGCUGCAACAGGAAAUGCUGGAAAAGGUUUAGCCUGGGGUAUAAUUGGAAUAGCUAACAAAUAAAAGAAAAAGUAGCACAAAAAUGAAAUUAGGAAUAGCAUGUAGUGUGCGGAAUAAUAAAAUAAAGUAAGUUUCAGUAUAAGUGAGAGUUUUACACAGUAUUUGAAAAUGCCUUUUAUGAAGAUCCCGUUACUUUAUGUAUCUUUGUUCUUUGCAGUAAAAUUUUAUGUCACUUUGAUAACUUUUAGUAUUUGACUAUUUCAAUCCAAAGUCAG